GGAGAAUUAUUUGACAGUCAGUCACUUUUUUUGCACAACAACGGCUCAAACGUGGUAUUGACGUAUGCCCGCCACCUCGCGGACACUGCCGUUAAUUGUGUACAGUACGUCGUUUCCAUAGCAACCGUUACUGCCAAACCACUGUGUUAGUAACGGUUGACUCGCGCUUAUCGUGACUUCAGCGUUCGCUGUUGAUUUGUAGUCAGUGCACACUGCAGGGUUAGACAGAACAAUAGCAUUUUCUUAGAGAAAUGAUGGCUGAGACAGGCGGUGUGACCAAGCUAGACGUCUCUGUACUAAACGCUGAGCAGCAAGAGAAACUGCGACAGUUUAAGAUCAAGACGAGAAUCGACAACGAGAGGUAUUUGAGGUCCCAUCCCGAAGUAGACGUACUCAUAGGCGACUUUCUAAGGGAUGUGCUUCAUAAACAGCCAGCUGACAUCCGUGAGUUUGCUGCAGAUCACUUCUCAAACCCAAACCUUGAAGAAACUAUUCUCCCCAAAAUGGAAGGAAACAGCGACACGAACUGAAACACUUCCAACAACUUCACCUAUGUUUUCUCUAUAUUGAUAAAAAAAAAUAUAUGGACUAUGUUUUUUGGAACAAUGAUGCUGCUUCAGUUGCUUCAUUUUCCAAUUUGUGGACAAGGGUCCUAAAGUGUUUUAUGCUUAUUUAUU